GAUUUGUUGAAGUUGAAACACCUAUAUUAUUUAAAUCAACAUCUGAAGGAGUAGGAGCAAGAGAAUUUAUAGUACCAACAAGAACAAAAGGAUCAUUUUAUGCAUUAACACAAAGUCACGCAACAGGAGGAAUUGACAAAUAUUUUCAAAUGGCGAAAUGUUUACGUGACGAAGAUCUUAGAACUAAUAGACAACCGGAAUUUACUCAAGUGUGA